GGUUCCUUGGGCAUUGUAAUCGCGAAUCCAGGUUCUACACGGUUUCUCUUCUCUCAAUCCAAUCCAGGGUAGAGAUUUUCAUCCCAAUGUACCUUGCCAGCUCGAUGCUCGGAGGGCCUGUCUCGUCGCUCCUCGGCAACGGCGGCGGCGAUGGGCAUUGUAGAGCACACCUCUCGCUCGAGAUUUUGGCGUCGAGGAGGAAGCAGGGCGAUGGAUGCUCAGCGGUGACAAGGCCAGCGUCUCUUUUCGUGAAGCGAUCUCCAGUCCCGGCGAGGAGGCCUCUCGGCUACAUUCCUUUGUCAAGCAUCUCCAACAACAAUCCCGAAGGAGACGAGGAAGAAGAAGAAGAAGAAGAAGAAGAAGAAGAUCUUCUAGAGAAGGAAGAAAUCGAUGGUGGCCGUCUAGCGAAGGCGAAGAAGCCCGAGCCAGUCCAGGUGAGAAAAAAAUCCGACAGGGUCUCCAAAUGGGCGAGCUUGUUCGAGGCCGCGAAUGGAUCCAGCUCGUCCAGCACCGCCACCGCCGAGACCAACAACAACACCGAUGCUUGGUUCGAUAAGAUCUUCCCGAAGAACCCGGCCGGAGGAGCUUCGUCCCCUCCAAGCUCCUCCAAGCUGAGUGCCCAGCAGGAGAAGUCGAUCCAGCAGCUCCAGUCCCUGGUGAAGACGCUGGGCGUGGCGACGAAGAAUCCGCCUCCGCCGGCCCGCAAGAACAAGCCCAGCAAGAUCCGGCAGCUGCCAGUGGAAGGCGGCGGCGUGGUGGAUCCGGUUCCAUUCGCGUCCAUCCUCAAGAAGCUCCAGUCGGUGUCGUCGCCCAAACCGGAGCAACGAUCGAGAUUGGGGCAAGAGCUCGAGAGAUCAACAAAGGUGGUGGAGGAGCUUGGAAGCGAAGAAGAGGGAUCGGAAACAUCAGAGUCGGGAGGAUCGACAGCAAGGAUAGAAGAAGAGUCGAGUGAGGAAGAAGGGGUGUUUAGCAGGAAAUCUGCGGUGGAGGAGAUCAACGAUCUGGCCAAGUUGACAGUGCCUACGCUGAGAGGCAUGGCCAAGUCGAGGGGAUUGUCUGGCUACUCGAGGCUCAAAAAGGAUGACUUGGUCCAUCUCUUGACAAGUUCUGAUAAAUAAAAGUAAAUGGAUCGUCAAACGAAGAAAAACUUCAUUCAUGCAAA